UGUUAUAAACAACUGCCUCAGGCUGCAACCCCACCGCCCCACACCCGACAUCAUCUUCUUCUUCUUUUGUCUUUCUUUCAUUCUUCUUCUUUCUCCUCCCCUAUAACUUCUUUGUUGUUGUCCACACACUCUCUCUAUCUCUCCCAUCUUAUCCAGUACCCCACACAGCCAAGUGUAUCAAACAUGGCACCCAAGAACAACGCCAAGGGCGGCGACAAGAAGGGGAAGGGCAAGGACGAAGGGAGCUCCGAUAAAGGGAAGGGGUUGAAGCCAGCCAGCUCGAUCAACGUGCGGCACAUUCUUUGCGAAAAAUUCUCCAAAAAAGAGGACGCCCUCGAGAAGCUGCGCAACGGCUCCAAAUUCGACGAUGUCGCGAGGGAGUUCUCCGAAGACAAAGCCAGACAGGGCGGCUCUCUCGGGUGGAAAACCCGCGGUAGUCUGGACCCGACGUUCGAGAAAGCCGCGUUCGACCUGGAGCCCAGCACGACGGCGAAUCCCACGUACGCGGAUGUGAAGACUGGGUUUGGAUAUCAUAUUAUUAUGGUUGAGGGGAGGAAGUGAUCUCCUUCUUCUUAUUCUUAUUUGUUCUCCUUCUCCUUAUAUGUUAUCUUUCUAACAAUGUUGCUGUCUGGUGUGUGAUGUGUGGUCUGUGAUCUGUGUGUCUUAUCUACGUGUGAUACCUCCUCGGCUAUUUCUUUCUUUCUCUGUCUAUAUGUUUGUCUUUCUUCUUCAUCUCUUGGACACCCGGGACCGAUUCUAGGAGAGUAAGUGUUGAUUUGACUACUACCGAUGAAAUAAAUGAAAAACGAUAAUGCGAACUCAACACACUAGUUGUAU